UUUAUCUUUCCUUCUUUCUCCCUUUUUCCCCUUUCAAAAUUUCCCCAUCGUCUUCAAAAUUCGAUUCAGGCAUCCAAAUCUCCUUCAAAUUCAGAGCAAUUUUCAGUAAAAAAAAUAAUCAAAAUCUGGGCUGCAAUGAAACGCUAUAUGAACCCAUUUUCCUGUAUCUUAUUGUGUUGCAUCUUUUUGUUGAGUUCGAUAUACAUCGCUAAAGCUGAAGUUAUUACCCUCACAGGUGAUACGUUUAAUGAUAAGAUAAGCGAGAAGGACACUGCAUGGUUUGUCAAAUUUUGUGUUCCGUGGUGUAAGCACUGCAAGAACCUGGGAACACUUUGGGAUGAUUUGGGGAAAACAAUGGAAGGGGAGGAUGAGAUAGAGGUGGGACAAGUUGAUUGUGGUACAGAUAAACCAGUGUGUAACAAAGUUGAUAUUCAUUCAUACCCCACAUUCAAACUCUUCUACAAUGGAGAAGAAGUCGCAAAGUACCAAGGACCAAGGGAUAUUGAAUCGCUGAAAGUUUUUGCACUAGAAGAAGCAGAGAAAGCAGCAACAAAAGCUGAAGCAGAUGAUGAUAAAGAGUUAUAACUUACUGUCAGGUAACAGGUACAUUUUUGCUAUGUUUCAGGGGAGGGAGUGUUUCCUAAGCAAAAUACUGAGAAGAUUAGAAGAACGGAUGAAGACUACCACCGUCUUCUUUUACAGUGACACUGUACUGGUGAUGGCUUCUUUUCUCCUAGUUUUCUUGUCUAAGAUUUUGUUGAAUCCGAGUAGGCUGACAUUGGCAAACGAUGAAGGAGUUGAUUUCUUAAAUGAUUAAUGUAAAACUCCGAAGAUACUCGAAAGGUGAAGAGGAUAACACACAGAUGUUAGAUAUGAAAUUUGUUACUACUAUUCUUUUUGACUAAGAGUAAAGAUGUCAUAUUUAGCUAAUGCAGCUGUAAUGACAAGACCAAAAAAUAUAAUGCUUGAAAAUAUUUUGAAAUUU